AUGAUAAGAAAUUUUGUACGUGCUGCUGCGUCUCAGUCGGCUGUUAGUAUCACUAGAUCAACCCCAUUUGUAGGAUCCCGUUUCUUUUCCAUGACUUCUUCUAAUUCAGGAAGAGGAUUCAAGCAGGGGCGCGGUACCGGCGACUCUGGUCAAUCAUCUUUGUACAACAGCGAACGGCGUUGGAAAGACGACGACACAUUCAAUGCUCUUGGAACAACUGAUGAACUCUCGUCGUAUCUUGGAGUUUGUGGAUCAUCCGCUCAAAACGAUGGCGGAAUGGAUGACGUGGUGGAGACAUUGACGAGACUUCAAUGCUGCCUUCAGGAUGUUGGAGCACAUCUUGCAACGCCUCCUAAAAGCUCUUCAGAAAGAAAACAAAAAAAGACCAUGUUUGAUGUAGCAAUGGUAGAAUGGAUUAAUGCGGAAAUCGAUCGGUAUGGUGAUGAUUUGCCAGCCAUUCGUCAGUUCAUUCUAUCAGGAGGAGGCGUUACGUCAGCUAAUCUACAAUAUGCCAGAGCAAUUUGUCGUCGUGCGGAAAGAAGUGUUGUACCUUUGAUGAGAGAAGAGAACAUUGAUCCGAUGGCUCUCAAGUUUUUGAACAGAAUGAGCGAUCUUCUAUUUGUCCUUGGUCGUACUGCAUGCAUGCGAAACAAAUUUGAUGAACUGACCUAUCUCCGUCCGGACUCUUUUACUAAUAUGAAAUGGGAUCGAAAGUCUCUUCAUGAUAAGAAAAAAUGA